GCUGCAGCCUGUUGAACAUCGAAGCGGCUCUCGCGCGUUUUGUGUGAUAGUUUUUAGUUUUUAUUUUUCGAUCGUUCGGGAGAUCACCAUGAUACCGCUCGCGAUAUUCCUCUUCUUCCUGGUGCAAUCGUCCUUCGCCGACUUCGAGGACUCGUACGCGGAGCGGGGCUUCAACAGCGCCUACGCCGACGACCUGCGGGAGGCCGAGGACGGCGACCUGGACAAGCGGGACAAUCACUUCAUGCGAUUCGGCAGGAACGACGGCGACUACAAGGCCAAGGAGUACUCCUACGAGGAGUACGACGACGCCGACGCCGACGCCGAGGUGAAGCGCUCGGGGAACCACCACGUCCGGUUCGGGCGGUCCGGGUCCAACGCGUUCAUGCGCUUCGGCCGGAGCCAAGACAGGGGGCGAAAUAAAUCCAUGUUCAUGAGAAUAGGUAGGAAUUUCCAGGAGCAGGACGGUAAAAUUCGCUCGAAACGAUCCGCGCCGCCGAGUCCUGCCGAUCCGGACUAUCCCAAGCGCAAGGAUCAUUUCAUGAGGUUCGGCAAGAGCCCUUCGUUCAUGCGAUACGGCAGGAAUCCUGACCUGGGGAUGGGAUUCAACCGACCAUUCGACCACGGCAAGAUCGAACCUUUCCCGGAUCAUCUCUCGCAGGUGAACGGAUGGGAUCCGAAGGAGAACCAAAUGUUGAGUUUGCUGUUGGCCAAAUUGCUGGCGAGGAGGCAGGAGGCUGCGUCUGAAAACUCGUUGUAAUGGAAUUAAUAAGGCUGUUUUUAUUUCAAGGGAGGCCUAAACCUACUAAAAAAUAUCUAUACGGUGUGGUGUCUAUAUAGAAAUUAAAUCCUAAACGGUGUUGUUUAAAUUCGUUGAAAUGUAUCUCUAAAAUAUAUUUUUCGGUCAACAGUAAUGUGUUUAUCCUAAAUGAUAAUUGAGUGUUUGCUCUAACUUACUGUUAGAUACGUGAAAUUAGUUUUAAUAUUCGC